AUGCAGUUAUUACUCAUUUAGUUGUUAAUUAAGCUUUUUUCAAGAAAUUAUUGUCAAAUUAAUUAGACUAACUAGUAUCGCCGACUGUAUAAACAGAAAAAAAUCUUAGUUUUAAACUUAAUUAUUAAAGAAAUAAAAAGGCAGCAUUUAGAAAUAGUUUUAAGUAGGAAAUUCAGCAAUACUAAAAGCAGGAAAUUAGAAAUUUCUGUGUAAAUUGAACUGAAUAAAGACCUUUUAAAUUAAAGUUACAAGAAGGUUUUUUUAUUGAUAAUGAGCUCCACAAUUUCUUAUAAAGAUGACAUUUUAGGAGGAUUAAUGUAAACUGGAAAUGGCGAUAAUAACAAAAGUAAAUUGGGAAGAUAAAGAUUAAAAUAGAUGUAAAAAUCUUUAAUGUAAGUACAUUUUGAAACAGUUAUUAUCCUGCUUCGACUGAAAACUAAUUCUUAUGAGAAAUCGCUAUUUUUAUUUAUUAUUCUUACUUUUACGAUGUCGAUUACCAACAUUAAUAAUUAUUUGAUUCUAAUUAAAGCAUAGUAUCCUAACAUUAGUCAAUCUUCAGCAACAUUUUCUUUAAUGGGUAGCUUAAAAUAUUUAGAUGUAGCGUAAUUAAUUGGCUUUGCUGGAUCCUCUUCCAUGCUUAUAGCCAUAGGUGCCUCUAUUUACAUGAUAAUUAUGACUUUUUUAUAUGGCUUUUGCUAUGUAGAAAAAUUUUUAAAUCCAAAAAUAAAGCCAAGAAAAUAUUUCUAUGGGAGAUGGUUUGUCAAUAUGGCUAAUUAUUUUUAACAGAUAUUAUUUUUCCCUUUUAAUGUAAUAUUUCUCAGCUUCAUUACUUGCAGUUAAGAAAAUUUAGAAGGGGAAUCACAAAAUUGCAGUUUCAAUACAGAUUAGAGUAGUUAUUAUACUAUUGUUUUCUCUUUCUCUUUAGUUGGCAUUAUUCUUUCUGUGCUUAAUGAGUGGUGGUUGCAAGUAUACUUCUACAAUAUGAAGUUAUACAAGAAAGAUGCAAUAAGUGUUGAAAAAGAGCCACAAUUUCUCCUUGAAGUGAGUGUUUGUAGAUUUAUAUUAGUAAUAUUUACUACUAUAAGAGCUACUCAAAGCUAGGCUUACUUCGUCUUAUUUUUGCUCAUUCAAACUUUGGCUUUUAUUUACUUAUAUAUUCGCUAUAACUUUACUCAAGCUAGCUUUACCUACGCCAAUAACAAUUUAAGAACAGCCUAUGAAUUGAGCUUUAAUUAUUUUUUAUCAUAGCAAAUAGCUUUUGUUGUUGAUGAAAUUAUGCGAUUUUCCAACACAUUUAAAGAUAAAAAUGAAAAAUUUUUGCUAUUUUUCUUUGCUAUGAAUAUUUUAAUAGCAUGUCUAAACUAUAAAUUAAGAGAAGCUUUCUUGAGAUAUAUUCUAGUACAGUAAAUUGACUUCAAAAGGUUAAGUUCAUCUUAACUAUUUCAUAAAAUUUCUCUUUUUUAGCGCUUAAAUUCUGCAGCAAGUUCAAAUAUAUAUUAUGAUUCUAUUUACAAAGGUAUAAUAUGUUAGCAUUUAGAUAAUCCUUGCCCACAUCCUAACGAAAAUGAGACAUGUUUUUGCAAACAAAAGAUAAUUUACGAUCCUAAAAAGCGAAAAGAUACAUCGAUUGAUAAAAUAUUCUUGACAUAGAACAAUUCAAUCUUUACAAAAUUCUUAAUUAAAUCCUGGCAUGAAACUCAUUUAUACUUAAACCCUCAACAUUACAUAAAUUACUUAUAUUACGCUGAAUUUUUGUACUUUAAGAUGAAAAACAUUUCACUUGCUUUGAAAAAUCUAGCAAUCUUAGAAAACAAAUAUCUAACUCCUGUUCAAAAAUUUAGACUCUACAGAUUACAACACGUUAUUUUAAAGCAUAACCGUAAAAGAAACCAUGAUUCUUACAGACUAAAUUAAAGCGAUAAAGAUAACAGAAAUAAGUUAGAGGUUGAAUCUGUUAUUCCUAUUGAGGAAAAAAUUUCAUAAAUCUAGUCAGGAAUCAAGUUCAUCAUCAAAAAUAAUAUUAGAUUUUGGGCAUAUUUGGAAAAAGCGAACAUAAAUUUAAAUGAAAUUAACAAAUUUGCAAAGUUUUCUUAAAGUUAAUUAGAUCUUUUGAAGAAAUUUUGGAAGCAAUCCAUGUAUUAUCUGGAUUACAGAAAAAAAUGGAGAUUUUAUUAUUGUUGGUAUUAUUUGUACAUCUUGAACAAAAAGAUUAAAGUCUCUAUGCUUGAAAGAUUUUCAGGAAUCAAUAAUAUUAAUGAAAAUGAAGUAUUUUCUGAAGAACUUGUAAUGGAUAAUAUGGAUGAUGACAUACACUCAGUCCAAUCUAAUUUAAAACCAGAUGAAAUGGAAAAAAUAUACAUCAAGAAAGUAGAGAUGGCUUUUGACAAGAAGAGCGUUAUUUUUCAUGUAAAUCAUGAAUAUAAAGGCUUGAUACUUAAAGUUAAUAGAGCUCUCUAUCAUGGAUUCGGUUACACCUCAUUAGAUCUAGUUGGCAAAGUCUAUAUCACUCAACUUAUGCCAAGGAUAUACUAAAAUAUUCAUCCUUUAGUUAUGAAAAAUUUUGUUUAGACAGGUAAAACUAAAACACUUUACUCUUAAAGAAAGAUAUUUUGCUUGAAUAAAGCAGGUUACUUGUUUGCUGCUUGGAAAUUUGUUAAAUAAUAUGUAACUACUAAUAGUAGGUGUGAGUAUGUAGCAUUAAUAAGACCUAUAGUACCUCCAGCAGGAAUUAAAAUUUAUUACAUCAUUUUAAAUGAAGAAUGGGAUAUUGACUCUAUGUCUGAAGGACUUUAUGAAAGCUUUGGUAUAAGUGCUCAGCAAUAUCAGAAUGCUACAGCUAAGUUAUUAUUAAAUUUACUGAUUUUAUCGCCAAAGUUGAUUAGAUUCACUAAAUUUGCUAAAUAUUUGACUGAAUAAGAUUAUAAAUUAUUUUAAAAUAGAGAUAAUGAAAGGCGUAAAUUAACAGCAUAACAACCUUAAGUAAGAAAUUUAAAUUCUAGGAUAAGUAUACUUGCAAAAUUAAGGAGAGAAUAGCAGAAUUAAUAUUUAAAUUAGGAUAGUAAUGGAUUUAAUUCUGCCAUAGAUAGCUCUUAUCUUGAAAGUGGAGAAUCUACUCCUCAAAGUAACAAGCCUAAUGGUCCUUCUAAUUAAAAUAACAAUUUAAAACCAUUAAGUACUUUUAAUUAAAUGUAUAGCUUAAAUGCAAAUUAGAAUAAUAAUGGUGCUGAAGAAUAGUAACUUAUAGAUGAUAAAGAGUAACCAUCCAAAAAUAAUAAAGCAGAAAAAGAAUCUCCAGUUUAAUAAAAGUAAUAACUUCUAGCAAGUAACACAAUGCAAAACUCCUCUAAUGUACUUAAUCCUAAUAUGUAAGGAACUAGAAAGCUUAUAAAAAAACGUACUCUCAUCAUAAGCACAGACAAUAAUAAUGAUGAUAAAAAAGAUUAAGGAAAACAGCUACAAAAAGAAUACACCAAAGAUUCGCUUAAUGUUGAUACCCCUUCUAGAGAAAGAAGAAAUUCUCAUAUUGAAAUGCUAGAAUAAUUGACAUAUGGGCAGAGCCAGUUCUUUUAAACUAACUAUGUUAAGGAAGAGAUAAUGAAAAAAAAGUAAUCAAUUGUGUAAUCGAAAUAAUCUGAUAGCUUAAUUGAAUCAGAAGAGCAAAAAGAAUCUGAAAAAUCUGAUUAUGAAGAUGAAAGUGAAGAAAAUUUUAAUCAAGAUGAUGAAGUCAACGAUUUUAUAAAGUUAGAUAAUCUUGAAAAGGGAGAGUAAAUCAGUUUUCGUAUUAGAAUUCCCAAAAAUUUGCAAGAUAUGCUGAUAGAAUAUCCUUAGCUUUUGAGUUCUAAUACUAUUAGAAGGCCUUCAAGGGUUGAUUAAACUGUUCUUUCUAAUUUAAAAAUAACUAAAGGUAUUUCAUCCACAUAAAAAUUUGGUGAAAUGCAAACAAAUACAAUAGAAUCUCGUGAUAAAUAAAUAUAUGGAAUUUUAAAAGAUCUGAUUUUGAAAUAUCAUAAAAAGAAGUCAAUCAAAGAAUACAAUGGUACAUGUACUGCUUCAUUUAAAAAAUAUGGAAAAUAAAAGGUGAUUAUCAUGAAGUUGAUUAAAUUUGAAGAAUGUAUCAAAAAAUAAAAAGUUACGAAGCAUUUGAAUAAGCAAAGUUCAGGAUCUGAUAAAGAUGUUGGUAAAAAACUUUAGUCUAUGAUUUCAGGUUAAUUCCAUGAAUUUGGAAAGCAAUAAAGCAUUACAGACGGAAAUCAAAAGGCAAAUAAUUUUAUUAGCAUGAGAAGUGAAGUGUCAGAUGGACAAUAGAGUGUAACAACGAAUACUUUUGUAAAUUAAAAUAGGUUCUAAUAUAAGCAUGGUGACUAAAUAAAUUCAGAUACAGAGGAAUAUGGAGGACCUGCUUUACCUCAAAAAGAAGAAGAGGAAGAAAUAAAUUUAGGUAAAACAAAUGGAAUGGGCUAUCAAUUAAAAAUCAUAAGUGAAGCUGAAGAAAACGGAGUUAUGUCUGAAAGGACUUUGAAAACUUUCCACAAAGACUUUAUUAAUAGGCAAGGAGCUAAAAAUAUCAGUUUGAAUUAAAAUGACAACAUUUAUAUCAAAGAGGAUAAUCAUAAACCAAACAAAAAUAUCUAAACGAUAUAAAAUAUGAAAAUGUUUGUCAGACUCUUCUUUUUAAUUCUUAUAGCUCUCAAUGCCUUUACUUUUUUCUAUGGACCUAAUUAACAAUUUCCUGUUUUGCGUAAGCAAAGUAAUAAAGUCUUCCAAGCUGAAAAUGUUUUAUUGUCCGCCCUUCAAGCUUACAAUCUCCUUUUAGAUUAGAUUAUGGUGAAUCAGAACUAAUAUGAUCUAACUAAUAACUAAUUCUGGAAUCAAAAAACAUAUCAAUCUUAAAUAAGCUAUUAAUUGAAAAAUGAAACGGAUUAUUUCUACAAUAUAAAUUCAGACACAAAUUAUAAGGAGACUUUUUAUGAUAAAUCUAUAACCCCUUAUAAUAAAUACAUAAAGCCUCUUUUCACAGGUAACAAUGUCCCAACUGAUUUGAAAUCACAAACAUACACUCUAGAUAUAUAUGACCUCUUUUCUUAAGUGAUAUUUUCCCUUUAAACAGUUUAAGACACUCUGCCUUCUGACAUAACUUUAACAUUACCUCCAGUCACAUUCUUUAGGCAAAAUAUAUUCCCUAAUUUAUACAAUGGAUUAAGAUCUACUUAAAACAACCUUGUUGAUAACCUAAAAUAAACAACUGACUCAGUCUAUUACUUCCUCAUAAUUAUCAUUUUAGUUGAAUCUAUUUUGCUUGUUUCUUCCUUUAUAGUUCUUUUCUAUUUAAUCUACGUUAUUUGCAACGCUUUUAAAUCUGUUAUUGAGGUAUUUCCUAAGAUAUCUUAAAGGGAUUUAACGAAAAUUAAAAAUUACAAUAUUAAUUUGAAUUAAAACUUUACUUACAUUUUGGAAAAAGAUGACUUGCUUUCGGGAACUCACGCAAUAUAUCAAAAUAAAUAAAAUGGAAUAAAUGGGCUAGGUAGAAUUGGCAGUGAAUACGAUGGAACAGAAAAUGGGUAAAUAGCAAGAAAAUAAUCUAUCAACUAUGACUUAGAAGAGCCAAACGAUGGAAAUGAAAAUGUAGGCAAAAAAUCAAAGAAUAUUGAAGAUGGAGGUUUUUUAUCAGAAUUAAAAGUGAAUAUUUUUGUACUUUUUGGAAUUUUCGUUGUUUUAGUGGCAAUCUUUAGUACAAUUUUCCUUUUUCUAAUUUUACAGAGUACAACUAACCUUCAAAAGAUUAUAGAUAAUGGUCGUAUUUUUAUCGAUAUUUUUGGAGAUGAUAUAGUUGUUAUGAUAGCAAUUAAAGAAAAAAAAUUAGAUAUCAAUAAUUACAAUAACUCUUUUAAGCAGGUGAUUUAAGCUUAGUUAGAUGCAUAUAACUAGAGAAAUCUCUAGCCAACAGUUGAAAAUCUUUCUUUCUUUACAUUCGAUGAUGUUUUUAAUUAAAUAUUUUACGACGAUCCAUGCGAAAUAUUUUCUGAGUAAGUAAUCUAGGACGGUGCUAAUCAAAGUGAAUGUAAAGUUGUGGCAUAAGGAAGUAUAGCAAAAGGAGUUGCUUCUUUUAAUUCGUUUUACAAAAAUGCUGUAUAUAACUAUAUAAGUAAUACUCCUGGAUAUGAAAAACUUGAUAACUCUGUUAUAUUUGAUUACGAUAGAGGAAUAUAUUUUGUUGAAAUAUUUUAUUUAUAUCUGCUUUAGAUUUGGGGUAGCAAUUCAGACAGCUAUUUAUAAGGCCAGCUUACAAUAAUUAUCAUUUAUGUUUCUGGAAUGUUUACAUUGCUAUUAAUAAUCUACCUAAUUGUUACUGAGAAGUUACUAAUAGGAAGAUUCAACAAAGAAUACUCUUAUUUUAGAACUAUUUAUAAUAUGUACAUGCCUGACAUUAUUAUUUUGAAGGAAAAAAGAAUAAAGUUUUAUCUAGUAAAGCACCACAUUUUAAAUAAAUGA